ACAACACAAAAAGGAACAACAAAGCAACCAAAAAAACCGAAACAAAGCGCAGCACACAGGAGGACACAGGAUACACACGGCGUGUGCGUGAUUAAUUGCACUUUAAACACACACAGAGGGAGGGAAAUACCAGAAGGAAACGCUGUCAAAAUGUUGCCAACCAAUGUGAUGACAUUCAUGAAGAAGAUGGUGGCGACCGAUGAGCCGAGCAACGAGCGGCAGCAGCAUGCCACGGACUCGGGUGGCGGUGCCUCCAAUACGGGCGCCUUGAACAAAAUGAAGGCCACGCUGUCCUCGUCGCUGCUCACCGUAACAGACAAAGUUAAUAAAAUGUCGCCACGCCCCUCGCUGGUGCCGACGGAUGCGGACACAAGCGGCAGCUACGGCUCGCCCAGCUAUCAGCAGCAACAACAGCAGCAGCAGGAGUCCGGCAACCAGAACAACAACAACCACAGCACGACAACAAGCGGCAGCGGUGGAGGCGGGGCAGCGGCCAAACAAGAGCCCGGACGCAGAGCUGGCGCCUGCAGGGUGUGCCUGAAGUCCUUCAAGCCGGACGACUACCACAAGACGUGCUUCGAGUGCCAGCAGCGGGUGUGCGAGGAUUGUGCCAGCUACAGCAAACUGGACGAGCACGAGGAUGCGACCAUGUGGCGCUGCAGCGUUUGCCGCCGCAAGAUGGCCUCACGCGUCUGCAUACCGCAGGAUUCGACGGACUCGAUGCUGGAUGUGCCCGUUAUGGAGGCGCUGCAGCGUCGCCACUCGGACGCCAAGCUGGGCAGCAGCACCCAGACCCUAGCCCCAAGCAACGGGGCAGCAUUGGCACCGCCACGCAGUCCCGAACUGCGGCGACACUCGGACGUUUCGCCCGCCUCCCUGAAGGAGUUGGAGCGGCAGCUAAAAGGUGGCCGCAGCAUGGCGCCCAGCCGCUCCAACAGUCCACCGCGCGGCGAUGGCCAGGAGCCGCCGUUCGGAGCGCCCCUAUCGCGCAUGCAGUCCAGGCGCGGCUCACGGGUGGCUCGACAGCACAGCUACGACGAUGACAUGAAGACGGGCCCCGUGGGCGGCAGCAUGGGUGGCGGUGGCCCCGCGUUGGGCAUGGCAGCGGAUGGUUCCGGCCUGGGCAUACCAGCAAUGCCGCGCAGAAAGUCCGCCUACGAUGUGUUUGCACCGGGACUGGUCCAGGGCGGAGUGUCGCCGGGCGGCGGCGGAGGAGGCCAGCAGCAGCAGAUGCAGCGUUCGCCGUGCGAUGGUGGCGGCAUUAUGCCACCCAUACAGUUGCCCGGCUCGCGUAGACCCUCGUUCCGGGUGCCGCACCCAUCGGAGGAUAUACAGAACGAUGAUUCGCCCGGCUCGCCGGACCAUGGAAGCCCCGUGCUGACGGUAGACGACGACAGACGCAUGCGACGACGCGGCUCACAGCUACCCGACAUUGCAAUGCUGCAGAAUCGCGGCGCUUUGCCAGCGGUGCCGCCUUCCUCGAUUCCGCCACCGAUGGCUGCGUUCACGGGCCCCAAUCUGGAGGAUUUGGAGGCGCCACGCCGUCAGACCUCAAUGGAUGGCGAGGCCAUACGCAUUGUAAUACACGACGUGGAUUCGGGACCGAUUUGUGCAUCCAAGCGGCGCAUCAUACUGCGGCGGGAUCCCACGGAUAAGGCGCACCGCACACGUGGCUUUGGGAUGCGCGUCGUCGGUGGCAAGACCGGUGCCGAUGGCCGACUCUUUGCGUACAUUGUGUGGACAGUGCCGGGCGGAGCUGCCGAGAAGAAUGGCCUGCAGCAAGGAGACAAGAUACUCGAAUGGAAUGGCAUGUCCCUCAUCGACCGGAGCUUCGAGGAGGUCUGCUCCAUUAUGGAUCGCACCGGGGACGUUGUGGAGCUGCUGGUGGAACACGCCACCGAUUUUCGUAUGUGCGAUCUCUUCGAUGAGAAUCUGCCGCCGGGCAAUGCCGGUGGACAGAGCGGACCACGACGUUCGGGCGAUGGACCCGUUGGCCUUGGCCUCAUUGCGGAACCCGAAACCACCACAGACAAAUCACCAGCAUCGCCCACAAGACGGAAAUUACCAAAAACUCCGGAGCAAAUUGCACGCGAGAAAAUGGUCUCGGGACGUGUCCAGAUUCAGGUCUGGUAUCACGCAGAGCGGCAGGAGCUGGUCGUCUCGUUGAUGGCCGCCGAUGAUCUGGCGCUGAGGGAUGAGGCAUACGGGCACGGCAAUCUGCCGGAGGCAUAUGCCAAGGUCCGCAUACUGCCCAAGUGCGGUGAUGGCAGUGUGCAACAGACGGAGGUCAGUCGACCCACACAGAAUCCAAUUUGGAAUGCGACGCUGACAUUUGGCCAUGUCAAGGCCGACAGCCUGAUGGAUCGCUAUAUAGACAUACAGCUGUGGGAUCUGGUGCCGCACACCGAGUCCAUAUUCCUCGGCGAAUGCAGCAUCGAGCUGCAGCAGGCCUUCCUCGACGAUCAGGCCAUCUGGUGCCGGCUGGACGAUAUGAAGGGACUGCGUGGCAUCAGCAUGAGCAAGUCGCCGAGCGUGUCGCCGCGUGGCUCCAUUGCCGCAGGCGCCGGGGCACCGUGUGGCGAUGUCAGCCGACUGUUGCGACGCGACUACAACAUGCAGCGAUCCAUCUCCGAUGAGGUAGACUCCAUUGGAGAUGGAGCAACGCUGCUGCAUCCGGACACCGCGUGGAUGGCGGGCUCGCGGCGUGGGUCGUCGCAAUCGGAGACCAUGGAGGUGGAGGUCUACCAGCUGGGCAAGGACUUCUCGCGCUCAUUGCCGGGCUCGCGUCGAUCGAGUUUCCAGGAUGCCGAAAAGCAGCGGCUCGAGGAGGACGCCAUGGCUACGCCACCCACAUCGUAUCUUGUGGGCAGGCGCCGCUCCUCCGUGGCUCGACGCGAUCCGGAUGAGAUCUUGAAAUCCUUGAAGGCUGUCCGCGGCGAACUAGGACGCACCAUGAGUCUGGGAACCGAGCAGCACAAGCGCAUAGGAUCGCGACGUACCAGUCGCGUCGGUCUGCCGAGUGGACCCAACAGUCGCAAGAGCUCCAUUCUGGAUCUCACGCAGCAGCAGCAACAGAUCCAGCAACUCCAGCAGCUGCAGCAACAGCAACAACUCCAGAUGCAGCAGCAACAUCUGCCAAUUGGCAUUGGCAACCAUGAUACCAGUCCGCCGUCCGAUGAGGAAGACAAGCGCUUUCGACCACGCUGGAAGGGCUCUGGCAGCCAGCUGCCACCACAGAGCCCCAAGCAGGCGCUGUCGAGACUCAAGCAGGCCGCUUCCGUCUCGAAUGUGGCCCAGGAGCGACACAACCAGCUGCUGGGCUCCAAUCUGGGCGAUGGUUCGCCGCAGCAUCAGCAGCAGCAACAGGCGAACCUGCGGAAGGGCAGCAUGAUUAAUCUGCGCGGUCAGGGCCAAGGCCAGGACAUGCUCUCCGCUGGGCAGUUGCAGCAGCAGCGCAAGGGCAGCAUGUUUCAACUGGGCGAGGCCCAAUCGCUGUCGCAGCAGCCACAGGCACAGUCCCUGCAGCGCAAGGGCAGCAUGUAUGUGGGCGGCAGCGGCAGCGACACGCCCACCAUGGGCACACCGACGCGGAAGGGCAGCAUCUAUCAACGGACCAGCACGGACAGCGGCGAUAGUCCGCAGCGGAAGCAGAGCGUGGUGAAGACCCUCAGCGGCAGCUAUGUCAAUGUCUCGGCCAUCACCGGCAGCGAGUCGAGCUACGGCCUGAAGCUGGGUCCCUCGCAGAUCCAUCCCAAGGGCUACCGCCUGUCCACGGCUCGCUAUGGGGAGCUCAAAAUGGGUUUUGUGAAAAUCAAAGGCAACGUCGAAGUGGAGCUUAUGUGUGCUCGUAAUAUUGUCAACGAGGACUGUGAGACGCCGCCAGACACAUAUGUCAAAUGUUAUAUCAAGGAUGGAGAACGAUUGCGGCACAAGAAGAAGACGCGCGUGGUGCGCCAUUCCGCGGAGCCAUUCUACAGGCAGACCAUCAAGUAUCAGAGCUCGGACGUCUUUGGGCGGAACAUUGUCAUCAUGGUGUGGCAGCGAUGCGUGGGAUUCGAGCACAACCAGGGGCUGGGCGGCACGGAGGUGAAUCUGGACAAGGUGAACAUUGGACAGCACAUCAAUGGCUGGUAUCCGCUGUUCCCCAUGCACAGCUACGGGGGCUCCGACUCGGACAACUCUCCUUGACCGAACACGCCAGCGCGUGAGACAUCGAAAACAAUAAUUCAAAUGAAAUGCACGACACCAAGAGAACAAACACUCGUAACACAUCAACUGAAAGCUCAAUUUGUUAGCGCCUAAGUAUGGAUCAGCCAUAUAAAAUAUUACACAAAGAAUCCACACACUCCCCUCCAAGCAGACACAAUGAAAUCCCCAGCAAAACCUAGAAGCAAACUGCAUUAUAAUUAUGUGUCCCCCCCUUGUAGUUGUAGUCAAUGAGCUUAGCAUCGGUUGGCAGUAUGCAGUGGGCAGUAGGAAUGGGUUUAUUGGGUUAUUUGGGUUAUGUUAAGUGUAUUCACGGUGCGAGAGCUUUGUAAGUAAGGUACACGGUAGGGUAAGGGUCAGGGCAAGCACUGUACUACUACAUAUAUCAGACAGCACAAUAAUUGACAAGAGAUCGACAUGAGAGAAUGGGAACCGAGAGUACCAGAGAGAAAUAACUACAAUAUAUAUAUAGGAAAGCACAUACAAUAUUUAUGCGUAUAUAUUAUAUAUUUUUGCUUGUUGUGUUUGUGAAAGUUUAAUGAAUGUUGUUUGCAUUUGAAUCGAUAAAUGAAACGGUGGGCACUGAAACAAUAAUAUUGAAAUAUCUAGGCAAAGAAGACAGACAAACAGAGAGACAGAGUGAGAGUGGGUCAAAGUAUGGCAGAACGUCAAGGAAUAAUGGGUAUAUCUAAGUGUUAAUUAAAUGUGGCGCAAAUACCAAAUUACAAUAGCCUCCAACUAUCUCCCCAGUUUAGUGUACAGCCGAAAGGUUUCAACUGAUUCACACGUUGAAAAUAACAAGCAAGCAACCCAUCAACCAACCUAGCUAUCAACUCAAGCAGAAGGAACACAAAUGAUAUCUUUCAAUUUAAUGUGACAAUCUUUAUGGGUGUCUGGUGUGUUGUGUGUAUGUGGAUGUGAGUGCGACUGAAGCGUGAUUAAGACGAAUUUACUGUAGUCAUUUUAUGGUAGGGCAACAUUUGUAGGGCAUUGAUUGCUACACAGCAGCAGCAGCAGCAGCAUCAGCAGUGGUGAGGCAUCCUUCUGUUCCUUCCUUCGUAACGCUAACUCUUAACUCUCUGUAACCCGUUCCACCCGAUGCUUUCUCAGCUACGAACAGGACAAUCUCUUGUGACGACAAAACGUGUGAAAUUUACAAUUUCGGAACUUGUGUAUUAAAUCGAAUCAACGUUCAACCUUAAUGACUUGGAGUUUCAAACUAAACAAAUUACAAAUAUAUACACACUUAUUUAUAUAUGAAGCUAUAGCUAUACACUUAAGCCGCAUCCACAGAGGCGCAGGGCAUUGUGAAACUUUUACUAUCCCCCAUCCGAAAUGUUUACUGCCCUUUCGGGCAGGCGGCUCUUUUUAAACGCUAGUUAUGGUAGCUAAAAGUCUUUAAACUAAACUCCUUAACUCUUAAUCUGUACUCGUAAAUCCGUUCUUAUUGUUAGAUUGUUGCUUUGAGAAAACAAGAGCAGAAUAGUGCCCAUUGUCUGUGGGCAUAGUCAUUGUUGUAGAACUUGUAAGUAGAACCUAAUACUAUCUACAUAUGUAUAGCGCGUACACUUGGUAGUUGAGUUGUCGUCAAGGUAGUCAGGGUAAAAGUGAAAC